AUGAUACCCUCCAAGCCUCAUCAUCGUCGUCCUCCAAGGAGCCUUCCCGCGGCCAUGCGCUGGAUAAUACUCUCGCUCUUUGUGCUGCUAUUGCCGCCUACGGGUGCUGCCACCGUUUCGAUUGAACGGAGUGUGGUCCCCGCGGCGUUCUUUCACUACCAAGAAGAAGAAGAAGUGUGUAACUAUUCUGGCACAAUCACGCUCACGCAUCCCAUGUCGGUGGGCAAAGACGACCGCUACUACGUGCUGGGCAGUCAAAUGUUGGAGUCGGCUCACAUUUCGAUCGAUGCCAUUAAUUUGUGGCCGCGCUGUGGCGUUCAUCUUGAUAAUGAUGGCGGUGCCAACUAUUCGCUACUACUGCAAACAUACGGGGACAACUCUUCGACCAACAUGACGGCCAUUAUUGGAAACACCAUUGUCCAUCAAACAGAUUUCAUGCUCGCGGGAUACUCGUCCACUCUCACGGCGCACAUUGCACCCAUUGCACAAGCCCAUCAGCGUCUGUUACUGACUGCCGGAUCGUCACGGACAUCGGUUCAUGCGGCACGAGACCAUGUCUUUGGUCUGUUGCCGACCAGUGGCUCGUUUCUUUACAAUGCAUUUGCCGGACUCGCACCACAAGGCGCCACGUCGGUGGCCUUUCUUACCGAAGAAGAUGUCAAUUCCUGUUUGGAUACGCCCGAAAUGGCGGAACUCUUCAACAUGACCUUUCUCAAUGGAACCAUCUUGCCGGAAUAUGCUCCCUACGAGACGUACUUGCAAGUGGCAGAAUCCUUUGCGGCGCUGGAUCCGGAUGUCGUGAUUGUCUGUAUUCGGACUGAAUUUGCUUCCUGGAAUAGGGCACUACGAGAAAUGGACUGGUCGCCCAAGGCACAGAUCUAUACCAUUGUGGCUGGAACGUCGGAGUUUGAAGAGGCUCUGGGGACCGAUGUGGCCUAUGUGAUGGGUGUUUCCUCGUGGGAUCGUGCGCUCCCACCCGUCCCGGAUGGUGCCACCGGGUGGACCCCCUUUGACUUUGAUGCGGCAUUUGAGAAAGCAGCCUUUCGACGACCGGCAUAUCAGCAUGCCUCGCAAUCCGCGGCGAUCAGUGUCCUGGUGCAGGCCAUUGAACGGGUGGGUGACUUCCGUACCAAUGCCAGCAAGAUGGCCAUUCGCAAUGAAAUUGCCACCGGAUAUUUUCCUACGGUCUAUGGCAAUGUCAGCUUUGAUGUCAAUGGUCAGUCGGCCGUUCCCAAUCUACUCUUGCAGUACGAUUCCAACCGGACGAUUCAUGUCCUCGAACCAACGUCGCUACGGUCGACUGACUUUGACAUUGUCUACCCCAUGCCCUCCUUUGCCUAUCGCGAUUGCGAACGAAUCAGUGACUGUGCCAUGACGAAUGGAACUUGUGCCACGGACGGGACAUGUGAUUGUCAGUUUUACGAUGCCAUCAGUCAAGGGAUGGGUCCUACUGCCGAAUGUGUCUUGCCACCACCACCCACUGAAAACUACCUGGCGCUGGCCAUUUCCUUUCCCCUUGUGGUACUGGUGGUUGUGGCAGUAGCGACGUAUGUGUACCAUCAAAAAGUGGCAGUUUCGGACGACAAUUCUAACUCCAUUUGGAAGAUUCAAAAGAAAGAUCUGCGCUUUGACAAUCCACCUCAUGUCAUUGGCAAAGGAACGUUUGGGGUGGUAGUGCUGGCCGAGUACCGGGGAACCCAAGUGGCCGUCAAAAAAGUGACACUGUCGUCGAAACAACCUUCCAACAACAAAAAUCUUGGGCGCGUCUCCCUGACCAGUAAUGAAACCAACAUGACCAACUUGACGACGACAAGAAACCAACCCCAGCGCAACAGCAAUGACCAUCCGGAAGAAACGUUUGAAGACGACAUCCUCCCUGACCAAAGACCGGGCGGAGCAACCAACGGAGAAGAGACCACCACCACUCAACCUAGUAGGAAGAAGUACAACAUUGGAAUGAAAUCUGCCACCUCGUUGCAAUCUCUCUUGAGGCAAUCUGCCAUGAUGAGUGUGGAGGAGGAUGAUGAAGACAAUAACAACGAUAGGAAACCCCUCUCUGCUACUGUCCAAAAACAACUCGGACAAGAUUUUGUGGAUGAGAUGAAACAGCUCAAUGGACUUCGUCAUCCCACCAUUAUUACAAUCCUGGGUGCUGUGGUGGAACCGAAUGAAGAACCAAUGCUGGUCAUGGAAUAUAUGCAGCAUGGGUCUCUCUAUUCCAUGCUCCACAACGAAACCAUGGCCAUGGAUGAUGAGGUCCUUCUGCCCAUUUUGAGGGAUGUCUCUUCGGGUUGUCGCUAUCUUCAUGCUGUGGAGCCAGAUGCAGUCAUCCAUGGUGAUUUGAAGAGUGGCAAUAUAUUGGUGGAUGACAAGCUGAGGGCAAAAGUUGCUGAUUUUGGCAUGUCAACAAUUCGGAAGAGAACAGGGGCAACAGGAACACCAUUUUGGAUGGCACCGGAGUUGUUGCGGGGUGAAAGCUUGAAUUCUCCGUUGACUGAUGUCUACAGUUUUGGGAUGAUUCUGUGGGAGUGCUAUUCAAGGAAAGACCCAUACGAUGGCGAGGAAGACCCUCUAAGGGUGUUGACUCAAAUUGCAGACCCCAAGAUCAACAAACGCCCUCCCACACCCAAAGAUUGUCCUGCGGCAGUGGCAACUCUCAUGGCUGAUUGCCUCAGAGCCAACCCAGAGGAACGGCCAUCUUUUGAAGAGGUAGACCUUCGCCUCAAGCGUGUGGAAGCCCGGGCUGAAAACAAGUCAACAACAGUCUCCCUCUUUGACAUUUUUCCUCGCCAUGUGGCAGAAGCACUGCGAGAUGGAAAGAAGGUGGAACCUGAACACAAAGACCAAGUCACCAUCUUCUUCAGUGACAUUGUGAACUAUACCCAAAUCUGUUCCGACUUAGAUUCCCGCAAGGUGGCAGGGAUGUUGGACCGUCUGUAUAGCAAGUUUGACGCCCUCUCUGACAGCCAUGAAGUGUUCAAGGUUGAAACGGUUGGAGAUGCCUACAUGGCCGUGACAAACCUGGUCAAGGAUCAGCAAGACGACCAUGUCAAAAGAAUUGCUCAAUUUGCUGUUGAUGCUGUAAAGGCCGCCAAUGAGACACUGAUUGAUCCAGAUGAUCCCGGGAAGGGGAAUCUUGACAUUCGGUGUGGAUUCCACACUGGCCCUGUGGUGGCAGAUGUGGUGGGAUCCAGGAACCCAAGGUAUUGCCUGUUUGGAGACACAGUGAAUACAGCAUCCCGCAUGGAGUCCAACAGUGAAAAGAACAAAAUACUUUGCUCCAAGGCUUCAGCUGAUGUCCUUCAAGACCAGAACUGGGACCUCGGCAUCGUGCGGCGGGGUAGAAUCAAUGUAAAAGGCAAGGGGUCAAUGUUGGUAUAUUGGAUUGGGGAUAACAAGAUGGUUCCUGUCUGCCCACCUGAAUCUGCAGCUCCUGUACAGUAG